GACCAUAUAUGAAGGAAGUGGGAACAUCUACGAGGUUUCAAUUGUGGAUGCUCUAAACUACACCAGUUUACACAAAAAGGUGUUCAACAAAUCGUCGCUGAUGAUAUCCUUUUCAAUGCAUGUGUACUUUUUCACCAGAAGAAAUGUUACUCAAGGCUUUGGCAUUGGUACACCAUGCUUCAGAGGCUUCAGGGGUGAAAUGUCCACGGCGUGCCAAUUGCCGCAGAAUUACACAGGGGAGCCUACUAUGGGUCCAGCGUACACAAGGCUUGGCCCUCAUUAUCCCUCUAAUUCUGCGAUGACAUAUGACGGCCCUGACGAAAUUAAGUGGAAGAUCUGCAGCGCAACGAGGAGAUUUCCGGACGUCAAAAUUGGUGUGGCUCUGUUUAACUUGCAAUCGGAAGACACCAAAAAAGAAUGCGAAAACACCAGAUAUGGAAAUUUCAAAUAUGCGGCCGGUUACUGGCGAGUUUCUCAGGUGACAGAUUAUUUCCGAAAAACUCUGAAGCACCCAAAUUUUAUGCAGUCUGGUCCGGCGUGCUCAACGACGUAA